AUGCAGUCCGAGAAUUGGAAUUCAAUUGGUGGUCUAUGCGAUUACUAUCGACUUCCUCCAUCAGAGCUGCCUGCUCAACCAACUGACAUUUCCUCAAACAUCAGUCCCUUCGUCUCCAUCUCCGAGCCGAGUGCUGUGCACUCUGACGUUACCGGCCCCAGAGCCUCUGCAACUCCAGCCUCAUCGACUAUGGUCGACUCUAUUUCUGUGACUUCUUACUCUGGCCUGAAAACUGCUUCUAGAGUAAAGCCAACUUCCAGCAUCACCAGCCUUAUCUCAGCCUCAGCAAGCCAAGUUUCUCGAGGAAAAGUAAACUGUUCUUCGAGCGAUUCCGGCCCUUCUAAUCAGCCAGAAACAUAUCCUACACCCUCUAACUAUUUUACUGUUGGACCUAUGGCUCCUUUAAAACGGCCCCGACUUUCUACCGUUGGCUUUUCUUCUGUCGAUGUAUCUGCCGAACAUGAGCCUAUUACCACUCAGCCUCAUACUGAUGAUCGUUUUGAAUACGACCCUCAAUCAUCUAGCAUCUCUUCUCACAUUAGCUCCCAUUCUUGCCUCUCUUAUCAGCCGCAUAAUAGUGCUGAAGGAUGUGACGACAAUUCUCUUAAAAUUUUAACUAAGCAUCAACCUUACAUACACCUUAACCAUCAUCGUAAGGAGCAAAAAGGACAGCAAAUUGAUAUCCAUUCUCCUAGUAGCCAAUCACUUCCUGCUUCCUUAUCUACGCAUGUGCUACCCCCUGAAUCCUCCCACUUUCCUGUAACUUCAUCGUCUGUUUCUCAGUUAUCAUCUUGUUCAAUCUCUUCUAAUCCUAUUGUUUCCCACGAUGCGUUUUCAUUACCUAUAUCGUUAUCACAAUCGUCAUCUUUUUCACGAUCUCGAAAUAAUCUGAUCAGCAUUAGUCAGCAUCGACGAUUGCAGCAUACAGAGGCGAAAUAUACUAUACAUCAAGACUUCUAUGUCGAUCCCCUCGUUCGUGGAGCGGGUAAAUUAGACAGUACAAUUCCUGACAGCCUUCCAGGAAGUGAGUCUGAACAUGAAUCUGUUGAACUAGAGGAAGACGAAGAGGAAGUAGAGGACAUAGACGAGGUGGGGAUCCAAGAUAUUGGUGAUGAGAAAGAUAAAGUUUUAGGCAGCUACGGCAAUGGAGAUGAAGAGGAAGACUAUGAAUACGAUGAUGAUGAGGAGAGGGGUGUUGAAAUUGAUUCUCAUGACUACGAUGACGAUGAGGACAUAGAGACUCACAAUAACGCCGAGGUUUCAGCUUUAGAUGAAUAUUUAGGCUCAGCAGACAAAGGCAUAUUUUCAAUUUUUGAUGGAAUUGACAGUGAUUACGGAGAUGACGAUGAGGAUGAUGAGGAAGACGAUGAUGUGGAAGAGGAAAAGCUUGAAACUGAGCUGGAAGGACAAGAAGAUUUAGAAAAUGAAUAUGAUGAUGGUAUCGACAAUGAUGAUGUUUAUGUUGAGGAUUAUGACUAUGGUUCAGAGGAAUCAGAUGCACAUAUUGAUUUCACUAGACAGAAUCAAACUGAAGUGUUUGCAAAGCAGAUUGGUCACAAUUCUAUAAAGGCUAGAAAGUGGGUCUCCUCGGAGGGCAAUGAAUUCGAGACUAAUGAAAAGACUUCUGCUCGAACAGGGACUUGUGAUACUAACUUGCCUGGUCUUGAACAACAAGAUAUCUUUAGUCCA